UAGGCACUAAAAAUGAUAGUCCCCUUAUGAAAAAGGAAAAUUCUCUAAAAAUUUGUUAUUUAAGUGAGCAUGACUCUUCUGUUAUGGUCCCUUUUAUGAUAAAUUGGCUUCUCUAACAAAAGGAAACAUCUCAUUUACUAGUCAAUUGCUAAUACCCAUGUCCUUCCAAGCCUUCCCUACUGCAUUCAUUAGUCUCUGAAGCUCGACCACAUGACCAAAAGAAAACUGGUUACACGUUAUUACUACUGCCUAGCUAGACGUUGAUAUACAUAUAUGAUACAUGCCUUGCCCCAUUCAAGGCUAUUCAAUCUCCAUCUAUCAGCAUUAUUAGCUAGCUCUACUUGCAGAUUUUUGUCCCAUACCAUUCAUACCAGACCCUUAUCUGCUUGUUGGUUUCUGCAAAAAUUGCCAAAUUGUUUGCCCGGCCUGCUCUAUGCUUUAUAGCUAUCAAAGACGUUGCCGCUGCUUCUCUUCUACUUCAUUAUUAGCAGUCGAUCCCUCACUCCUCAAAAGUACGUACUCGUGUCUUGAUGUUGCCGACAUUCAAUCAGUUCAUCUUUUCACUACUACUUCUUUGGUUUGCUCUUAAUCUUCUGCUCCUUGUUCAUGCACAGGAUGAUCAGUCAGGAGUGCACAAGGAUGACCGGGAGUGGUAAUCACUUUUUUAUAUGUCUCUCGCAGACUUCAUUAGCAUAGAUUGUGGCAAAUCGGGUUCUAGCUAUACUGAAAAUGUUACCGGAAUCACUUACAUUUCGGACUCAAACUUCGUCGACACCGGUGAAAGUAACUUCAUAUUGGAUAAAUAUUUGGAUGCCCAUAUUCAACCAUACCAAUCUCUCAGGAGCUUCCCUCAAGGCAUCAGGAACUGCUACAAAAUAAACAUUAAAAGUGGAACCAAAUAUUUGAUUCGAGCAAUUUUUGUGCAUGGGAAUUAUGAUGGGCAGGACAAGUUACCAAAAUUUGAUCUGUAUGUUGGACCAAAUUUGUGGGAUUCAGUGAAGCUUAUGAAUGCAUCCAUUGGCGUAACCAAGGAGCUCAUUCAUUAUGUCCCAAGACCCAGAAACUAUAUACAACUUUGUCUGGUGAACAAGCUCUCUGGAAUUCCAUUUAUAUCAGCAAUAGAGUUGAGGCUUCUUCCCAACUCAACUUAUUCAACUGAAGAGGGGUCAUUGGCACUUGUCUCACGGUUUGACACUGGUCAAAUAGCCCCUAAUUUGACAAAAUACAGGUAUCCGUUCGAUAUCCUCGAUCGCUUCUGGGAUCCGUACGAUAGUGACCGGAAUAAUUGGACGCAAUUGAGUGCCUCAACCAACACAAGCUCGGCUUUUAUGCCAUCUACGAAUUCUGGUACUGACUCUGAUUAUAAAUUACCUUUUGUGGUUAUGAGUACUGCUGCCACGCCCAGAAAUAGGAAUGGUGCAUUGAAUAAUUUCUGGCCGCCUGAAGCUAAAAAUGGACAGUAUUACAUUUACUUGCACUUGGCUGAAGUUGAAAGACUCCAAAGCAAUGGCAACCAGUCCAGGCAAUUCAAGAUGACUAUGUAUGGAAGACUACUAUUUGGGCCAUAUGUUCCUCAAUAUUACAUGAGUAAAACUUUUUCUAACCCUAAGGCUCUAAGUGGAGGACAAGAGAAUUUUACAAUCUCCAUGACUGGUAAAGCUACCCUUCCGCCUAUUCUCAAUGCCUUCGAGAUUUAUAUGCUAAAAAAGCUCUCAGAGUCAGAAACGAACCAAGAAGAUGUUAGCGCAAUCACAAGAAUCAAGUCGACUUAUAAAAUUACAAAUAAUUGGCAAGGAGAUCCAUGUGCACCCCAACAUUACUCAUGGGAAGGUCUAAAUUGCAGCUAUCAGGAAAGUGAUGAGUCCCCACGAAUCAUAUCCUUGCACUUGCCCUGGAGUGGAUUACAAGGGGAGAUAACUCCUUCUAUAUUUAAACUUGCAAUGAUACAAUCUUUGAACCUAUCAAACAACAAUUUGACAGGACCAAUUCCAAAGGUUUUGUCUCAACUGCCAAACUUAGUUUUCCUGGAUUUGUCAAACAACAAAUUAACUGGUCAAAUUCCAGAUAUUUUCUCUCAAAUGCCAAAGUUAAAUAUCUUAAACUUGGAGAACAACAAGCUCACAGGCUCUAUUCCGGAAGGACUAAUUCGAAGAAUGAAUAGCGGUUUCUUGUCAUUAAGACUGUGCGAAAAUCCAAAUCUACUUGGAAAUGUUACUUGCAAGAACAAGAAGAAGAAUUUCCUCCUUCCCAUAGCUAUUUCAAUUGUUGGAGUAUCAAUCCUCUUCUCAAUUUUAGCAUUUAUCUGGUGGAGCUGUGUGAGGAAAAGAAAACACAAUGCAAAAGCCAACAUUCAACUUGGGUCAGUGGAGUCGGCAAAAAGAAAGUUAGCGCACUCUGAAAUAGCGGCAAAAAGAAAGUUUGCGCACUCUGAGAUAGCGGCAAAAAGAAAGUUUACGCACUCUGAGAUAGUCAAGAUGACUAACAACUUUCAGAGGAUUCUUGGUACAGGUGGAUUUGGAACAGUGUAUCACGGACACAUAGACAACACUCAAGUAGCUAUCAAGAUGCUUUCGCCAUCAUCAGUUCAAGGGUUUCAACAAUUUCAUGCAGAGGUUGAUCUUCUUAUUAGAGUUCAUCAUAAAAACUUGACAAGCCUUGUUGGAUAUUGCAAUGAUGAAACCAACUUGGGGCUCGUCUACGAGUUCAUGGCCAAUGGAAACUUACAAGAACAACUAUCAGAUAGCAGUUCACGUAUCUUAAGCUGGGAAGAUAGACUUAGGAUUGCAGUAGAUGCAGCACAAGGAUUGGAGUACCUGCACUAUGGUAUUAAGCCACCAAUAAUCCAUAGGGAUGUGAAACCAGCAAACAUUUUGCUGGAUGAUAAUUUUGAAGCCAAGGUAUCAGAUUUUGGCCUAUCCAGAAAUUUCCCUGCAGAUGCUGGGACUCAUAUAUCGACAGGUGUUGCAGGAACUACCGGGUACCUUGAUCCCGAGUAUUACCUAUCAAACAGGUUAAAUGAGAAAAGUGAUGUUUAUAGCUUCGGGAUUGUGCUGUUGGAAAUUAUCACAGGUCGACCCGCUGUUUUAUCGACAACGGAUGAGAGAAUUCACAUUAGCCAAUGGGUUGGUUUCAUGCUUGUAAGAGGAGACAUUUCCUGUAUUGUCGAUCCAAGGUUGGACGGGGAUUUCACUGUCAACUCUGUUUGGAAAGCUGUAGAGAUAGCAAUGGCAUGUGCCUCUCCAAAUGCCAUCAAAAGGCCAACUAUGAGUCAAGUGGUUAUGGAACUAAAGGAGUGUAUGGCAACACAAAUGGGUGAAACAAAUCAUAACAAUAAAACUAAAUUAACAAGCUCCACUGAGCUGAUGUCUAACGAUUCAAUUCCUAUGCUAAGUCCACCCUCUGUGAGGUAGUGGUAGUAGUACUGGCAUAUGUGGUAUAUUUUUUCCUUAUUUUCUUUGUGUCAAUGAUCAAGGAUUUACAACACAUGCACUCUCUUUGAAUAGAGAUAUUCUGUAUUGCUUACAACCCGAUUCUUUUUUUCUAAUUCUUUUUUUGGUUCA